AGGAAGUCCAGUGAAACCACGGCGACAACAUGGCAGAAUACACAGACCCACACGGUGAUAGAGCUGAUGAGGAGAUGCCUGAGCUCUCUGACGGUGAUGACGAUGACAUUGAAGAUGAUGAAGAGCAGUGGCAGUGGCUGGAGGAGGAGGAUAGUCAACCAGUUACCUGUCUGUUCUGUGACAGGUUGCUGAACUCAGUAACUGCCACCUUGCAGCACUGCAGAGCGGAGCAUCAGGUCAACCUUGUAGACGUGAUAAGAAAACACAGUUUAGAUGACUAUGGAUACAUAAAGAUGAUCAACUUUGUACGGUCAACAAAAUGUGAUGCAUCCUGUCUGACGGGGCUGCCAGACGCUCCCUUACCCUGGGAGAGCGAAGACUUCCUGCGGCCGGUCCAACAGGACGACCCCCUGCUGCAGACAGACCCCGAGGAGCUCUGUGGCAUCGAGGAGUCAAGUAUGUCAGUGUGCCCAUUGUCCGGAGCUGGGUCCCAUGAUGCACUGCUGCAGAGGGCACAGGCCGCUGAGGAGAGAUCCCGUCUCUCAGAGGAGGCGCUGUCGAGAGCCAUGGAUGACCUGCACAAACUCAAGCUGCUGGCUCAGGGUUUGGUGCUGAAUGCAGAAACCAGCAGAUCUGGAAACCUGGGCACCGUGGCCGAGCUUCGAGAAGACGAGGACGAGGCCUACUUCAGUUCCUACGGCCAUUAUAGCAUCCACGAGGAGAUGCUGAAGGAUAAAGUGCGCACAGAGAGUUACCGUGACUUCAUGUACCGCAACCCUGAGGUGUUCAAAGACAAGGUGGUGCUCGAUGUGGGCUGCGGGACUGGCAUACUGUCCAUGUUUGCCGCCAGAGCUGGGGCCAAGAAAGUGAUAGCAGUUGACCAAUCAGAAAUCAUCUAUCAAGCCAUGGACAUAGUCAGGUCCAACCAGCUGGAGGACAAGAUCACUCUGAUCAAAGGCCGCAUAGAAGACAUCAACCUCCCAGUGGAGAAGGUGGACAUCAUCAUCUCAGAGUGGAUGGGUUACUUCCUGCUGUUUGAGUCCAUGUUGGACUCAGUCCUGUACGCCAGAGACCUCUACUUGGCUGACGGUGGCUCAGUCUAUCCAGACCUUUGUAAUAUCAGCCUGGCAGCACUGGGUGACACACAGAAGCACCAAGACCGCAUUGCAUUCUGGGACGACGUGUAUGGCUUCAACAUGGCAUGCAUGAAGAAGGCUGUGGUGCCUGAGGCUAUGGUCGAAGUGGUGAAAGCAGAUACUCUCAUCUCUGAGCCGACUGUCAUACAGACGAUUGACUGUAACAGAGUGUGCCUGUCUGAGCUGGAGUUCGCAUCAGAUUUCUGCUUGAAGAUAACAAACACUACAGACUGCACUGCGGUUGUCGGCUACUUUGACAUUUUCUUUGACAGAGGCUGCAGCAACAAGGUGAUGUUCUCCACAGGUCCUCAGGUCACAAAGACGCACUGGAAACAGACUGUCUUCCUACUGGACAAGCCUGUUCCUGUCCAAGCAGGGGAGGAGCUCCGGGGAAAGAUCACGGUGCGUAAAAACAAGAAGGAUCCUCGCUCGCUGUUGGUCACCUUUGACCUCCGAGACAGGAAGCAGACUUACAGCCUGCAAUAACGUCAGCCAUCAUGCGGUACCACAUUCAGAACAUGCAGCCCACUUUUUUUUUUAUUGACAAUUCAUGUAUUCACAAAAUGUGGGAGUAGGAUUAAAUUAAACACUUGAUUUUGAUGAUUGAAAUGUUAGAAUUGUUUCUGUGCCUUGGAAUAAAAAACAUG